AUGGGCUCAUAUUUUGGUCGAAACCAUUCGCCCAAGCCGUCGACCGAGCGUGCGCAUUCCUACAUCCCGCAGGCCAACACCUCAUCGUCGCCCGUCUCGCAAUCGGCGCCUGUCCUGCCACCCAUCCCGAGCAUCGCUGAUGUCGCAGACAAUGCACAACCCACGGGACUGGGCCUCGAUGCCGCCUUUGCCUUCGACCCGAGUCCGAGACAGUCCACACCCUCUUCGUCUUCGAACCUCUCGACGCCCUCACCGCUUCGCGAUGCCGCUGCCACCACUGCUCCUGCUGUGCGCCCGCAGAACUUGCAAAAGGGAAGGGCUGUGACAAGUCCUGUAGGUGCCUUGCCUAGCUUCCAGCAAGCAAACAUGUCACCAUCUUCUCCCCUGGCCGCCCUGUCUGUACCUUAUUCCUCGACCACCGCCCAGGCCAAACCCCGCGCAGGCAACCGCCCACUUCCCGCCGAGUCGACCAUCAAUGGAGUCCCGCAACAUGCAAAGACGUCCAAACAGAAACCGGAACUACACUCGAACAAGUCAUCCAAGGGCAAGUUCAACCUGCUCAAUCCCGUCAACCUCCUUAUGCGCAGACGUUCUGCCCAAGCUGUCGAAACCCUGGAGAAGACACAAUCCAAGAACCUGGCCAUACCACCUAUGGAUCUUCCUGAUGAUUACGAUCCGCGCAUUCGAGGCAAGCUUGUACACGAUUUCAGCGCUCCUCGAACUCGACGCACGCCGUCAUAUGACCCGAGUCUAGCAGAGGCUUCAUCGAAACCCUCGACUGCAAACGACUCUAUCAGAUCGCAACAGGACUCGGUCGACCGUGAUGCCAAGAGGCAAUCAGUCCAGCAUACGCCCGUUUUCGUUGAGCAUAUCGACAGCGAACCUGAUGUGAGCCGUGUAAAUGCUGAAACUUUGGCGAACAGCGAUUUUAUCGCCCGAAACUCAUGGCACCAGAGUGGAGAGUCACUCAACAUGCCUCCUUUUGGUCGCCGGAGUCAGCUAUUCGAUGACCAACCUCACUCUGAACCCGCUUCCGAUUCUCCACACUCUGCAAUGAGCGCCAUGAGCGGUCCGGGAUGGCAAUAUCACGAACCUGAGCGCGUCUAUUCCCCAGUAUCACCCGAACCCGCUCCCGAGUCCGCACCUGAGCAUCACGAGCUUGGAUUUGAAAGAUGCGAGCAAGAGUCAUUGUCAAUUCAGCAAGAACCUCAACCAUCACCUAACCUUCUACCAAAUCCCAAUUCUACCUUGCCUAGGCAUAUGACCAGUACAGCUUCGCGUUUCAGCUUCCAAAUAGCCAAUGACUCAAUAGCGGAGGAGAAACUGCUGGAAGAGAGACAUAAGCUGCGCCAGUCAAAUAUCGUCCAGGAUCCACCCAAGUUUGACCGCGACGAUUACGAGGAUGAAGAAGAGGAUACCUUCGACGAGGAUGCUAUGUACGAUCACGAUGAGAUGGAAGACUCGCCUGCGAACGGUCUUUACGGACAUCUCAAUUCUGGUCUGGCCGAACAAGAGGAGGAAGACGAACAAGAGGUUGAUGAUGAAGCCUUCGAUGAAGACAAAUUCGACGAUCCUUCAUAUCUGAAAAGACCGAAUCAACCACCCCAUCUGCACGAAACCGCCGCGAACUCCUCGGUUUAUGCGCCUCCAGAUGCGCCUGUUCACAAUGUCAAUGGCUAUCCAUUCCUCAUCCAGAAUCCUGGAACGGGCCAUUUCUCUGCUGAUUCGCCGUUUUCCGAGAGCUCGUCUCAGCCUAGCGAACAACAGCGAGAAGCUCAGGACGAAGCAGCGCGACAUGAUUCCCAACAAGGUCCUCCCGAUUGUCAUAACCUUUCGGCAUACCACAGUGCUUUGGCAGAAGCCGCACAUCGGGCUGCGGCUGAUGACGCAUAUUCCAAUGCCAAUGCCUAUGCCCCAUUCUAUGCCCGCGUCCAUGCGGAUGCAGGUCCCCCAUAUAUGCAGAUGCAGAUGCCACAAUUAUCACCAUAUCAGAUGCAGCUGCAGAUGCAAAUGCAAAUGCAGAUGCAACCUCAGAUACCUCAAGGUCACAUGUCUGGCUCGACCCACGCUCCCCGUGGCUCUUACUCAGCAUUUGAAUUUGGCUUCAGCGAUGGUGCAACCAUAGAGGAUACUUUCUCGUCUCCGGAAUUUCCUAAUGACGAUUUUGCUUUCGAUGAUUCAGAUCUAAUUUCCGCUGCAAACUCGGAAGCACUUGCAAACGACGAUGAAGGAUUCUACAGUCAAGAGUUUGGUUUCUACGCCAGAGCACGUCCAGGAGGCGAUCCUGAUGCAAUCGAGGCUAUCAACGGUGGCUAUUUUGGCGCACCUGGAAUCGAGAUUGUACGACAGAAGAGUGUGAAGGAACCAAAUCUGACUCCCAUCACCGAGCGCAGCGAAUUCAGUACGCGUAACUCAUACAUUGGCCCAUUCAGCCCACUCGCCGCUGCGCUUCCAUCGCCCGGCUUUCCGCCAUCCCAUAUGGCAGCAGCGCGUAUGAGCCCUCUUGCUUGGCAGCAUUUGCAAGAAGACGAGAUGACACUAGCAGAUCUCCGAAGACUUAAGCAAGGCGCAUUUGGUAGCAGCAGCAACAGUGUCAACUCUUUGUCCUCGUCUUUCGGCGUUCCAGCUCCUUACAGUCCCACUAUGGCUGCACAGAACAUGCCUGGUGGCUAUUUCAUGCCGCGUGCCGGUGGUGUUCCUAUGGCCUGGCAGCGUAGCAGUGACAGCAACUCCAACUACAAUCCAUCUAAUCAUUCUUCCAGUCCUGUUCCUACAUCGCCAAUUCACGCAUCAUUGCCCAAUGGUAUGACCAACAGUCAGGCAUUCAAUCCAUCUCUGCAACCACCACAUGCACUCUUCGUGGCAGAGAACGUCUCGACUCCUAAGAAGAGCUCAUCUGGUCUACAAGAACUGCCAAGGACGCCGGUGACGGCGAAGAAAGCCGCAGCCAAGGAAACAGCUGCAGCUUCAGAACGGCAAUCACGCCAAACACACUCACGAUCUGGCAGCGGUGCAGACAACAUCACUUAUGUCCGUGAAGAGGACUCUACGGGCGGCAAGCGUUGGGUCCUCGAAAGACGGCGUACGAGCGAGGCUGGCCUCUUAGAACUCAUCGGCAGAGAAGUUGUCGAAGGUGGCCGCAUUUGA